GCUGAUCAGGGAAGAGGCAGAUGAUAUGGCAGCUUUGUGAGCGACCAGGUGGAACUUGCAUUGUUAAGACGGUUAAACGUCGGAAUAUGAAAACAUUUUAACGCGGAAACAGGGAGAGGGGACACUGCUUGAAAUGAUUUACUUGAUAGUCAUUUCCGCAUUAUCUGGAGCACUCAUUACAUUGGUAUUACAGUUCUUACUGCUUUACCGGAGAAGCCCCGAGCCUAUAGCCAGGACAGUCCAAUAUGUCAAAGCAGUGCCUGAUCCCGCAUUGAAGGAUUACUUUAAUAACCAACAUGCAGAAUCAGGCCAGCAGCAACAAGACAACACAUCAUCCGCUGCACCCAAACAGCAAGAGGCCAUCACUCCCAGGCAUCAGGAAGCGGCUGCCACCAGCAGUAGCCCUAAACAACAACCGUCACCGCCUUGUCAAAGUGAGCCCCUCCACACCUCCAAACCGGAGACGUGCAAUUUUCUAAAUGCUAUCUUUUUGUUCCUAUUCAGAGAACUCCGCGACACUCCCGUCGUUAGGCACUGGCUGACCAAAAAGUUCAAGGUGGAGUUCGAGGAGCUAUUACAAACCAAGACAGCUGGUCGGCUGUUGGAGGGACUCAGUCUCAGGGAUAUCUCCCUUGGUAAUUCUUUGCCCGUGUUUAAAACGGCCAAACUUAUGAAGCCAGUGAGUUUAAAUGAAGACGGCAUGCCCGAGGAACUCAAUUUCGAGGUGGACCUUGAAUAUAAUGGCGGGUUCCAUCUAGCAAUUGAUGUAGACCUUGUUUUUGGGAAGUCAGCAUACCUGUUCGUAAAAAUGACGCGUGUGGUUGGAAGACUGAAGCUGCAGUUCACUCGCAUGCCUUUUACGCACUGGUCCUUUGCGUUCCUUGAGGACCCACUGAUAGAUUUCGAGGUGAAGUCACAGUUCGAGGGAAGGCCCUUGCCCCAGCUCACCUCAAUCAUUGUCAACCAGCUGAAAAGAAUCAUCAAGAAGAAACACACCUUGCCAAAUUACAAAAUCAGAUACAAACCCUUUUUCCCGUUCCAAGUGCAACCACCUAUCGGGUCUUCCGCCUGUGACUUGGACCUCUCCGUUCAGGACUCAGGAUUGGUGGAGGGACGGCUUAGGGUCACCCUUGUUGAAUGUAGCAGGCUUUUUAUCCUGGGCUCGUACGACAGAGAGACCUACGUGCACUGCACCUUUGAGCUGAGCAGCCACGAGUGGAAAGAGAAAACACGCAGCUCCAUCAAAACGAGACCCAAACGGCGUUCCAUAGAAAUCCUGGUUGAGAAUGAAACAACUGAACAAAUGAACAACCAAACAGCACAGCAAACGGAGGUGAUCAAAGGACCCUUUGGCAAUGUGGGUAUGACGUUCAGGCACGUCCCUGCCUGUGAGGGUGACGCAGUCCAUGUCAGCAUCGAGACGGUCACUCCCAACUCUCCUGCUGCCCUGGCAGACCUGCAGAGGGGCGAUCGACUCAUCGCCAUUGGAGGUGUCAAAGUGACAUCCUCUGUCCAAGUGCCCAAACUGCUGAAGCAGGCAGGGGACAGGAUGCUGGUCCUGUACGAGAGGCCUGUGCGUCACCAGAGUCCCACCGUGGGACUGGGUGCCCUCCAGGAGGGGCUGGGCCAGCUAGAGGAGCCCAGCUUCAUCCCUCCCCCGGGGUGCUAUGAGGAGGACCCGGCCCCCAUCACCACACUCGCCGACAUAGCUGACAGCAAAGACAUGGACUGUGAGUUUGAAGACUCGACUGUGGACCCCAAGCCUAACCCCCUUAGCAGUAGCGCGGAGGCCAAGGAGGAUUUCCUGUCCGUAAACCAAAGCCCCAAAAGGACCGUGACCAAUCUGGCCUCAAAACCCCUCGGCAGCAUAUCACCCAUCCUCAACCGCAAAAUGAACCUGGCAGGGCUUCAGUCGCCGGUCAGAUCCCCACCCACACCAAAGCCCUCGCCACACAAGAGCAGUGAGCCAGGAGAGGGGCCACAGCGCCCCACUGGCCCCCCUCCACCCCCACCCACUCGCCCGCCGGUGCCCCCUAGACCCCACAUUAAAUUAACGUCCGCCUCUUCUGAAACACAAAGUCUGCUGGAGGGGAGCGAAGCUACCAACGGGGCUGAGAGAACUCCAGAAAAGACUCAAACACACUCCACAGGAAGCAAUGGUGACAAAGGCAGUGCUGUGACGACUCCUGUGAAACAGCCCGAACCAAAGCCAGCAGUCAAGUCACCCGAACCCUGCGAAGAGCCGCCAGCGCCCCCCUCCACUCCCAGCAAGCAGGACCUGGCCAAAGACAAGGUUUCUGAGAGCUCCAUCAACACCCGAGACAGCAUGGAGGAUCACUCAAUGUGGGAGUCCUCAGAGACCAUGUUCCGCAACCGGACGGCUCACUGGGGCCAUGCCUCUGUGGUGUUAGAGGUGGAAAGCAACCAUAAGUACCUUAACGUGGCACUGUGGUGCAAAGACCCCUUCAAGCUGGGCAGCCUGCUGUGUCUGGGCCACGUCAGCCUGACACUGGAGCACGUGGCCCUGGAGUGUCUGUCCACGUCCUCAUCUGAGUACCAGAGCACCUUCAGGCUGGAAGCCCCAGAGCCCAGGGCCAGCGUCAGCCGCACCGCCCUGCGCAGCCUCAGCACCCACAAGGGCUUCAACGAGAAGCUGUGCUACGGAGACAUCAUCCUCAACUUCAGCUACCUGGCUGAUGGAGAGUCCGAGACGUGCGGUGGGCUGGCGGAGCGGGAGAAGAAGGCCAGCAUGCAGGACGAAGAGCUGAGGGAGAGGGAGAGGGAGCAGCCUUCCUCUAUUCCCAGUGAUGACCUGGCCUACAGCACCAUGCAGCUGGUGGAGGUGCGCCACAACUUCCAGGAUACCCAGUUCCAGAACCCCACCUGGUGUGAGUACUGCAAGAAGAAGGUGUGGACCAAGGCUGCCUCCCAGUGCAUGAUCUGUUCCUACGUCUGCCACAAGAAGUGCCAGGAGAAGUGCCUGGCCGAGCACCCUCUCUGCGUGGCCGCCACAGACCGACGCAGUGCCGACCCGGAGGCUAAGUCCACCAUCAACCGCGCCACCACAGGCCUGAGCCGCCACAUCAUCAACACCGGCUCCCGUCUGCUCAACCUGCGCCAGGUGCCCAAGAGCCGGCUGGCAGAGCAAGCGGCUGAUGUUGUGCCCGACGUGGUGCACACCCCCGACAUCUCAGACAACGAGAGCAGCGAUACAGAAACCUACGCUGGGGCUAGCCCCUCCAAGCAUGCAGCCGGCAGCACCACCAAGCUGGUAAGGAGGGAGGGAGGACUUGAUGACAGUGUAUUCAUCGCGGUGAAGGAGAUCGGCCGGGACCUGUACCGGGGCCUUCCCACCGACGAGCGCUCGCAGAAACUGGAGCUGAUGCUGGACAAGCUGCAGCAGGAGAUUGACCAGGAGCUGGAGCACAACAACGCCCUGAUGCAGGAGGAGAGGGAGACUGGGGACGCCCGGAGGAAGGCUCUGAUCACGGCCGCCCUGACCAAGUCUGGGGAGAGGCUCCAGGCUCUCACCCUGCUCAUGAUCCACUACCGGGCAGGCAUCGAGGAUCUGGAGUCUGUGGAUAGUGCCGGCACCUCCCCCUCGGAGCCGCAUGGCCUCCAGGCCAAGGGCGGGGCCUUGGAGGAGGCAAUACUGGGGACAGAGGUUUAUGACAGUGACAUAUGCAGCCCAAUGGAGGCUCAGCUGCUGGAUGACAUCACAGAGGAGCAGAUUUGUGUGGAGGCGCUCCACUAGAGAGGACAAGGCAUGGGCUUGAGACUUAAAACAAAAUGAUUGGAAUCCUUUUCUUUGGGGGUGGUGGGGUUUAGGUUACCUUCUGAAGAUUAGCUGAAGUGGUCUGGUGAGGGUGCAAUUGUUGAUUUGUAAACCAAUCAGUCAUGCGAUUCAUUCUUGGUUUUUGUCCUAGUUUUCCAAAAGUCAUACUUUUAAAGGGAAGCUGGAAAGCUAGAUUGUGAUCUGCUUCAAUUGGCAUUAAGAACCGUCUUCCAAGUCAAUAUGUAAGUGCUUGGAUUCAAUAAAAGUUGAAAACAUACUGUACAUUACUAUUUCGUACUAUUUUAGGUUUUGUUGACGUUAAUUCAUUUGUUUUCCUUACAAGGCACCUUGAAACAAAACAUAUUUUCUUAUUGCUUGAAAAUAUGAGCUUAAAUGUUUGUGUUCAAUGUUUUAAAUAGAACUGUUCGGUAUUUUAUCACUGCAAGUUACAGCAACCGCUUUUCAAAUUUGGCAUAAGAUUACAAUCAAAAUGUGGUCACCAUAGCAGGAGCUAUGCAAAUUGCAAAUGGUUCUGUUUUUAUCUAAAUUGUCUUUGGGCAAGGAAAUAAAUAUUAGUGUAAAAUAUAUAUAUAUAUAUAUACAUACUCACUCACUCAACCAUAUGGAAAUGUGUUUUGUUUCAGAUUAUGUACUUUUCAUGUCACUUAUCUUCUGUUUGAGUACUUUUAAUUAAUGCAUAAUCAAGUUUUUGAGGUCACCCAUGACUUUUCUCUUCUUUUUUAGUUUUUGGAGGUUCUGGAACUACAAGCUCAUGUGAUAAUUCAAUGAAAUGGGCAAUAAUGUGGGGAAGAUAGUGGUCUAUCCCUGUCAUCCUCGGUUUAGUGUAUGUCACCGAGGCCAAACAUGUUUGACUGUGUAUAUGACCCAUUGUUUAACCAGCAUAUUAACUGUACAUGUUAUUUCUUUUUGGAACUUUUUUUCUGGGGGGAGGGAUAUAGUGAUGUAAUAGUUGUUUCUAAUUUAGAAAAUUAAGUUUUUUGAUUAAGCACCUGUUUUGUUGUCUCGCCCCCCCAUCCGAAUUGUUUACUUGGAUUGUUUAUAUGGAUAUAAUAACCCUGAACUAAAACUCAACUCAAAUAUGGUGGUGGUGGUUUUAUCUGAUCAUGUUACUUGAGACGAUAUGCUUGCUGUUCAAAUUCUUAUUGAUAGAUGCAAAGUAUUUAUGUAUUUAUGGCAGAAAAUAAUUUUAUUUGGUUAAUUUUGUUCUGAGUGUUGUGUAAGAUACAGGAACACGUGGAUUUCUUUUUGUUUUGUUGUAUGUUUAUCUGUCUUUGUGGUUUGGUGACGGGUGUCGGGUCUGAUUUUGAUAAAUGCUCAGAGCAGUUAGGCUGUGAUUGUGUAAAGUUCUUGGCCUUUGAAAGUUGUUCUCAAUUAUGGACGAAUGUAUGUCCAUUUCUAUGUAUAUACAGUCCAGCACAAACCCUCUACAGAAAUGCAACCACUGUUGUACCCCAAUACAGUGAUGUCAUCAUGACAGGCCACAAACAAAUUCCAUACAAACCUAUUACAACUGUUGUAAGGCACAGAAGGAAAAGCGCUGGUUUUAGGACAAGGAAAGCGUAAUUCUCUUAAGGGACCCAAAGCCUCUGGAUAGGAUCACUACGAGGAUGUCCGAAUACCCAUAGCUAUACUCCUAAAUAGUAGGCUGUUUGAGUAUGCGAAAAAAUACCGUUUUAUAGUAGGUGAAAUAUUGAAAAUCUAGUAUACUUUAAAUCCCCGGAUGUCAUACUCAUUUCAGCUUUUUUAUCUAGUAGAAUUCGCUGCACACUAAUUGAGGAAGAGAAUUGUCUUUUCACACCCACGUUAGUUCGAGAACAACUGAUAAUCAGAAUAAGGGGCACGCGCUACAAAAAUGAUUAAAUGGCGGGGAACAACCUUCUCAGUAUGGAUGAGUAGUAUGUUGAUAUUUGUUGCUGACUGCAUACAUUUGUACUCAACAGUAUGUAGUACAAGUAGUACACAGUAUGCAGUUUAAGUAGUAGGCAAGCCAGAUUUCAACACAGCCUAUGACUUCUAUUCUAUUCUUACCAGGCUCAUUGAAAUCACAGUGCGUUUCUGUGGCUGUGCUGCCAUUGCUUCAGCAUAGGACCAGAGAUGGUGAAGUGGCCCUUUGGGUCAGACAGGAGAUGGGUGAAGGGGAAAGAAAGCUAAACUAAAUGCUGUGCAAUAGACGUGAUGCUCUUGUAGAAGCUGGCUUGGCUGCUACCUGUUGAUCUCUCUUAAAUUGUUGUAUAUUCAGAUUGUCGUGCAAUAUUUUUGUAGGAAAUGAAGACAAAAGUGAUAAUCAGGAAAGGAUUCUUCAGUUUUCUAUUUCUCGUUGUUUCUCUCCAUAGAAAGCCGUAUCUGACCGUUAGGUAACUUGGGACCCCUGGGCUGGAAUUGAGCUCAUGAGAAGAGUAAACAAAAACACAUUUUGGGCUGUCAUGCUACUUCUGCUACUGCUGCUGUUGUAACUCUGUACUCUCUAAACCCAUUCCUACGCUCCUGAUCUGUCUCUCCAUACGAUUCACAGUAUACUAACAUAGUGUCAUGGCUUUCUGCUGUUUAAUUUUUUUUUUUGUAAGAGGGAUGUUGUACACGGUUCUAGAGAUGGAUCAUGUGAUGAAGCGCUAUUGUACAUGGCCUCAAUAAAAAAGCUCACCUGAA